CUAGGUUUGCUCUGCAACAAGCACUGACCUGCAUUCAUAUCCUCCACAAGAUCAGAGUACGUUCUGUUCAAGUUCCUGCGACACAACGCAUCGAUAUCCUGUGAAUUAAUCUCACGACACGAGCGUCACGAGCAACCAUCUUGAAAUCACAAUCAUUCGGCCAAGUUCCUAAGCAUCUGCUUUCUCCGCAUCUACGACGAUGUCCGAGUUAAGAUACGAGAUCGUACCAGGUUUCUUUAUCCAGGAUAAUGCUAGAUUAGAAUUGGACCCGGCAUCGAUAGCACCGACACCGCCUUCACUGGGGUUGCUAUCAGGCUCUUGGUCAGAGUUCACGUCGAAAAUCGAGCAGCUCAACUCUGCUUCUGCCAACAAUUCCGGGAUAUUUUAUAAAGUUUUGUUUCUUGGAAGGCAUGGGCAGGGAUACCAUAAUGUUGCAGCCAGCAAGUAUGGCGAACAGGCCUGGGACGACUACUGGUCUCUCCUCAACGGUGAUGGGGAAAUGAUAUGGGGCCCGGAUCCCUUUCUCACAGCAUUGGGUGAAGACCAGGCGCGCAACGCAAACGCUGCAUGGAAGGCUGAGGUGUCGAAAGGAAUACCGCUCCCGCAAAAGCUCUAUAGCAGUCCGAUGCGGCGUGCUAUGCGCACGCUUGUAUUCACAUUCGAUGGCAUCCUCACAGCAACAAGCCCCAAGCCCGUGGUGAUCGAGAACUGGCGCGAAGAGUACGGAGAACAUACCUGCGACAAGCGCCGGACGCGUUCGGAGAUCCACGCCGAAUUCCCUGACUUCGAGUUCGAGAAUGGAUUCUCGGAACAUGAUGUACUUUGGACCCCCGAGCGUGAGACGAAAGCCCACGUAGACGAGCGCGCAAGAAAUUUCUUGAAUCGACUCUUCGCCCAAGAUAUCGACGACACCUAUAUAUCAGUUACCGCGCACGGAGGUAUUAUCAACGGAUUAUUACGCGUUAUAGGGCGAGGAAAUUACAAUAUGCUCACCGGAGGUAAGUAG